AUGGAUUCAUCAUCACAUACACAAAUCGUUGUAUCAAAAAUCAAUAAAUUUCAUCGAUUAACAACAAAUGAUUCAGAUAUUACAAUUAAAAAUGCAAUGCAAGAAAUUCUUCAUCCAUGGCCUGAAGUACUUGCUGCUAUUGAUCAAGCUACUGAUGAUGAUGAAUUAUUUACUUUAAAUAUUAGUCGAGCUGUCUUAACUCAAGUAUUUACAAUUAUUUUAUCGAAAGAUUUUUUUAAUAAAGAUCAUUUAUUAGUACGUGAAAUAUUUUUUAGUUGUUUUAAUAUACUUGUUAAUCAUGCAUAUAUAUUUAAAACUACGAAUUCAACACUACGAACAAUAUUUAUUGAUUCUAAUGUACGUCUUUUAAUGAAAAUGAUAACAAGUAUAACAUCAUUAGUUAAAUUUCAAAAUGAUGAUUUUUCUAACAUUGAUGAUCAACAAUUAUUUAUUGCUAUGCGUGAACAUAUUGAUCAAGAUUGUAAACAUGAUAAUUUAACUGAUGGAAUUAUAUCAUUAAUAUGGAAUCUAUCCGAUAGAACAAUAUUAGUACCAUUAUUUUUAAAUACUGAUUAUGUAUAUGGUGUUAUUGAAUGGAUAAAAACUCGUGAAAUUAAAUUUCGUGAUGAUAAAUUAAAUGCACCUAUACAUAUUUUACAUAAUUUAUCACGACAUGAUGAUGGUAUUAAACAAUAA